AUGUCCAACGAGAAGCCAACCGACACCAUUGCCAUUCAGCAACAAGAUUACGCCGAUGACGACAUCAAGGCUGAAGUGCUGCACGAAGAGUAUAAGGAUGCGGCAGCUGCUUCAGAGGACGUCGUCCAGAAAUCGCCUUUCGAGGAGUUGACCUUCUUCAAGACCAUCACCCUAUUCAAGAAGGCCACCUUUUUGGCGCUUCUUGCUGCUUUCAGCGCAGCGGCAGACGGUUAUCAAAUCGCCAUUACCGGUAACAUCAUCGCCAAUACUGGGUUCAUCGAGCAGUAUGGGUCGGUUAUCAGUAGCAAGACAGGCAAGCUAGCUCUUGACCCGCAACACCUUGCCGUCUGGGGCGGUGUCCAAUCCGCAGCCCAAGGUUCCGCCAUGCUUUCCAUGCAUCUUAUCGCCGACAGAUUCGGUCGUAAAGUCGGGUUUUACGUACUCUGGGUCGUCCUCGCUGCGGGGAUCGCGGCAGAAUCGUUCGGAAGGACGUGGAAGACUUGGUUGGCUGCCAAGUUAUUCAGUGGAUUUGCGGUCGGCUCGGUUCAGUUUUUGACGGGGUCGUACGUGGUAGACAUCUCUCCUCCCCGAACUCGAGGAUUUCUACUCCUCUUCUAUUCUGUCUGGUAUGGUCUCGGCCAGCUGUGUGCGACAAGCGCUUUGAAGGCGAUGAGGGACAAGAACCCCUUGAUCUAUUUACCCCUCAUUUAUUCCGAAUGGGGGAUGCUGGGUCUCAUGGCGAUUAUCUACCUCGUCAUCCCCGAAUCUCCCUUCUGGUGCGCCGCGCGAGGACAGCACGAUCGAGGCCGCGCCAUCGUCAACCGCCUGAACGGAGGGAUCCCUGGAUACGAUGUCGACUUCCACUACGGCCUCCUGCGUCAGACGGUCGAACUCGAACAGAAACGGAGCAAGGAGAUGACAGGUGGGGAGGAAUCUUUCUGGCAGACGAUCAAGAAUACCAAGGAGAUCUUUGUCGGGGUAAAUGGACGGAGGACUUUGAUCGCGUUCAUGCCGGCGGCGGUCCAGCAGUUGACAGGACUGGCCGUCUUGUCGAGCUAUUCGAGUUACUUUGCUCAGAUGGCCAACUUUGCCGAUCCCUUCCUCUUCACCGUCCUCCUAGCUAUCGUAUCCAUCGGGAUCACCCUCGUCGGAGCGGUCAUCAUCGACUACUUUGGCCGAAGAACACUCUUCAUGUGGUCGGCUUGUAUCACGUGGAUCACGUUGAUCUUGAUCGGAACGCUCGGGGUGGCGAUCAAGAACAUGCCAGGCUCGGUAGAGCGUUUCGUCGUCUUUCUAAGCAUGGUAUGGAGAAUGGCGUCGACGAUCCUGGGAGACCUCGGCUGGUCCUAUGUCGCCGAAGCCGGAUCAAGUCGACUUCGAACCAAGACCGCCGGAUUCGCCGCUUGCGGAGGGGUCCUCUUCGGACUGCUCUUCAACAGUACCGUGCCGUACAUGAUCAGCCAGGAUGCUGCCAACUGGGGUCUAAAAACGGCCUUUUUCUUUGCCGGAGUGUCGGCGCCUCUGGUAAUCGGCUCGUUCUUCAUCAUGCCCGAUACCUCUCGACGAACCGCCGCUGAGCUGGACGAGAUGUUCGAGAAGAAGGUCAAGGCCUGGAGGUUCAGGGAGUACGUGACGGAUGCGCAGAAGGCGAUGUACGCUGAGCAGGAGAGGAACGGGGAAAGGCCGGUUACCGAGGCUCGAGCAAACGCUUAGCCCCAGACCUUCGAAGACUGCCUUUAAUGCCGUGUUCAGUGUGGU